CUUGGUGCUAUGUCGAACAAUGUAAAUAUACAGUAAUUGAAAACAUGGACGAAUCAAUCAUAGGCUGAUAAGCAAUGAUUUGCCAGUUAUUGCCUGUUGUCACUGUCUAACCAAUUUAUGUAAUAACCUUGUCAUUUUCUACUCCCUUUGCCCAUCAUUAAAAUGGAUACCGAUUCUGUAAGCAACGCAACAUUAGACGUGUUACAUAAAAGAGAAGAAUGGAGAGAAGAACCAGAAGAUGAGUGGGAUGAACUGCAUCCACGCCGCUUGAUUCCAGAAAUCUGCAAUCUGUUAUAUCAUUUGGGAUGGGUUACAGGAACUGGUGGUGGCAUGAGCAUCAAACGAGGAGAUGCCAUUUAUAUUGCUCCAUCAGGUGUCCAAAAAGAAAGAAUCAAGCCAGAAGAUCUAUUUAUUCAAGAUAUUCAAGGUCGUGAUCUGAAAUUGCCUCCUCCAUCAAAAGCCCUAAAGAAAAGCCAAUGUACCCCAUUAUUUAUGUGUGCUUAUACUGAAAGAAAUGCUGGAGCUGUGAUUCAUACUCAUUCAAAAAAUGCUGUCUUGGUCACUUUACUUUGUGAUAAGGAAUUUAAAAUCUCCCAGCAAGAAAUGAUUAAAGGUAUAUGGAAUCCAGGAUUGGGAAGGUACAACAAGUACAAGGAAGAGAUUGUGGUACCAAUCAUUGAGAACACUUGUUGGGAGUCGGAAUUAGAAGAUUCGCUCCGAACUGCGAUGCACAAAUAUCCCAAUACCAGUGCCAUUUUAGUUCGUCGCCAUGGCAUUUAUGUAUGGGGAUCUACGUGGGAACAAACAAAAGCAAUGUGUGAAUGUUAUGAUUAUUUGAUGGAUUUGGCGGUCAACAUGAAACAACUUAAUAUUCCCUGGCACGCAGUUGAGUGGCGUCCUUGAUCAAGUUUUUCACAUCAGCACUGACUGAAUUUUAACAGGAGAGAUGAAAAUAUAACUAAGCUAUUAAAAAAAUCCCAAUAAAUCUAUUCAAGUCCAAGGGUCCACGAAAUGCCUUGUACUAGCAAAAGGAUAAGUGGCUGCCAUGCAACGAGCCAUCGGAUCCAGUCUAAAAGUUGCCCGUACAAGACGUGCGGACGUUCCCACCUAAAAACAAUAAAUCGAUAAGACAUUG